AGUGACAUCGAUUGAAAAAAACAACAUGUUUAUAGGGGAAAACAUUAAGAAAAAAAUCAUAGAAUCGCCAUGCAACUGUGGCGUUCACAUGACGUGCCUCGAACAAAGGCAAUCCAAAACAAAAUAUUAUUUUUUCAAGAUGAUUGAUCAUUUAACAACAUUCGAGUGGUUGCCGGAAGGAAGAAAAUGCCAAGAUAUUACAGUAAUGUUAUUCUCUAUAACAAUAUGGUGUUCGAUGCUCAUAGCUUGUGGAGUGAAAGCAGCAGAAUUUUUUUUUAAAACAGAUGAUAAAAAUUCAUUUUGCAAUGGGCUAGUCAUGUGCAUWAUUGGAUUUUUAAUGGCAGUCAUAUUGUGGUUAUGGCUCAUAAUUUUGUCAUCGAUAUGUAAACGCAUGAACAUGAUGAUAAGCAUGAACAAKAACUAUUUGAACGUAGCCGAUGAUAUCAACACUGCAUUUGUUGUCUAA